UUACGCCGACAUUUAAUUUUUCGUCCAAUAUCCGCCUUUAGGGGGACAUGCCCGCCAGCGCCGCUCCGCGGGGCAGCGCCGCCGCCCGCGCGCCACCUGCAGACUCAGAGGGCGCCGGCAGUGGGUGACUCCUCCCUGUCCGUCCUGCUCCUGCUCGUGCUCCUCCUCAUCCUCCUCCUCAUCCUCCUCCUCCUCGCCCGUGCCACUGUCCGACCCAACCCUGGGAGAGAGUGGGCCAUGCCAGUCGCCAGCCGGGCGAGGCUCUCAGACCCUCUGUGCUGGCGCGCCGCCGGGCUCCUUGCGGCACGCCAGCGGCAGCAGGGCAGGGGCCCGUGACCGCCUCCGGUAGAGCGGCGGCGGUGGAGGUUACUCUCGCCGAGUGUUGUGCACCAGUCCUCUGGCACAGCUGUGCUCCAGAGCUCGGCGUCUUUAGUUUCGUCGUGGUUCGUGGUUUCCCAGGGCAGCCCUUUGUGCAAGAGCCAGGGCACGCAUGCCACUUGUAUUUCAGACGCGAUGGUGUUCGUGGCCUCUCGUUGGCCGCUAGUGUCGUACGCUGCUCCCUUCGAGCACCUGCUCUAGAAUCUAUAAUCCGGCGCUGCCUUCUGAUCGCCAACCCCCUCAGCUUGCCCAUCCCUGGUAGUGUCUGUCGGCAGCGCCAGCUUCAGCCUCAGACGGCUCGGUGCCAGCCGGACUUGAAUGUAUCCCACGCUUUGUUUCGUCUUGUGGUCUGUAGUUGCCGCUUCCGUAUUCCAUAAUGUCACUUGUUUGUUUCCUGUUUCUGCCACAUGAACUCUACACGGUCCCAUUGAUGGAC